CAGGCGCGGAGCCGCGCGGAGCCGGGCCGAGCCGGAGCGCAGCGCGAGCGUCCGCCGCACGCGCGCCCGUCCCCGUCCCCGUCCCCGUCCCGGUGCCCUGCGACCGCCGCCGCCCCGACUGGAACGCUGACAUUGCCGCGUUCGCGGGGUUCAAGGUUGCCCGGUUCCGGGCCUUUAUUUCUCGUCUGCAGCGCUCAACACGGCGCCUCGGAAAGCCAGAGCACCCUAGAAGGCUGAGCUGAAAGAAUGCUCAUGUUUGACCCAGUCCCUGUCAAGCAAGAGGCCAUGGACCCUGUCUCGGUGUCAUACCCAUCGAAUUACAUGGAGUCAAUGAAGCCCAACAAGUAUGGUGUCAUCUACUCCACACCGUUACCUGACAAGUUCUUCCAGACCCCAGAAGGCCUGUCGCACGGGAUGCAGAUGGAGCCAGUGGACCUCACUGUGAACAAACGGAGCUCCCCGCCCUCCACAGGGAGCUCUCCUUCCUCGCUGAAGUUUCAGGCCUCGCACCGGAGAGGCUCGCCCGGGUUGAGCAUGCCCUCUUCCAGCCCGCCCGUGAAAAAGUACUCACCGCCUCCCCCGGGAGUGCAGCCCUUUGGCGUGCCGCUGUCCAUGCCUCCCGUGAUGGCCGCAGCCCUCUCCCGGCACGGGAUCCGGAGCCCCGGGAUCCUGCCCGUCAUACAGCCCGUGGUGGUGCAGCCGGUCCCCUUUAUGUACACCAGUCACCUCCAGCAGCCGCUCAUGGUCUCCUUAUCCGAGGAAAUGGAAAAUUCAAAUAGUAGCAUGCAAGUACCUGUAAUUGAAUCAUAUGAGAAGCCUAUAUUACAGAAAAAAAUUAAAAUAGAACCUGGGAUUGAACCACAGAGGACAGAUUAUUAUCCUGAAGAAAUGUCACCCCCUUUAAUGAACUCAGUGUCCCCCCCGCAAGCAUUGUUGCAAGAGUAAGUAUAUUUAGGCCUUCCCAGCAUUUGCAUAAGAGCGUACAUCUUGGGACCUGGAAUGGAAACACAAACUUCCAACAUGGGAUGUGAUCACAGAUUGCAGAACACCUUGUAGUAUGUGACAGCCACUGGGCAAGAUGAGAGAAUCUCUCCAAAAACAGUGGGCUUGGUCUCACGGACAGCACUGUGACAGUUAUGUGACGUUUUCAGUGAAUCGGUCAUCCAUGAUUUUGCCACCUGGCCACAUAAAUCAUUUUUGUCUUACUUUUUCACCCUUCCAGACUAUGUAUACAUGGUUCUCUUAAUCCCAGUGUGGACUGACUGUGGUGUCUUAGAUAUUCCACUUCAGGUUGGAUCGUGAAAACUUUUCAUAUGGACACACAGCGUCCUUCCAGUCGUCCCUUCUCAUAGGCUAUGAAUACUGUUACUAAGGCAAAUUCUUCAGUCAGAAUUUCCAGGCCAACCACAAGCCAAGGAAGACACUCCAGAAAAAAAGUCCUUUAAAUAGUGGUGGCAACCGAAAGUUAUCCAUGUAGCUCAGAGAAGUUCUUUAUUGAAAAAUUAUUUAUUCCCUGGUCUUUUUAGUCAUACCUACCCUAGAAUGUUCACUCUGCCUUUGAACUGCCCUCCAGUCAGAAGGUUACUGAGUUGCUUAGUAGCCAAGCUCCUGGACAGUGGUUUAUUCUGGGUCUCACUUGGCUGUAAUGUGAAGGUGCCAUGCAUAGGUGCAGUGACACCAUUCGUGGGCUUGCUCCUGUGGUGUCCUUGACUUCUACCAGUGGUCACACUGGAAGGCUGUGUUUGCGGUAGCUCGGGUGACCUUUGGAUCUGCCACCUUGGAUCCCAGCUCUGCUCUCCACCUUAUUAUAUGUGGCUUGGGCUAGUCACUUACCUUGCUGCCUCUGUUUCCUCUCUGUUUCCCUUAUUGGGUGUAAUUAUUUUUCUUGGUGUAAUUGUCUUGUGUUGAUGCUUCCAGCCCUGGAUGUAGUGGCCAGCUUUCCACUGCAAAGGCAGCAAUGAUUGUCUCCUCCAGACCCCUUCUGUCAUCUUCUUCCCAUAUCACCUCUUCUCCAGCUUGAAACAAAUGUUUUGCCCACCUCUUUACUUUUUAUAUUUUCCCCUCUCUCUUACACAACUCUACAGCAGAAUUGUGAUUUUUCUCUGGUUUUAGAACAGCAACUAUCUGAGACUUACAUAUAUUCUGGUUGUAUCCACAUUCCACCCAAAUAGGUGCCUUCACAAUAGCUCAAGUAUUGCCUCUUGUACCAAGUCAUAAUCAGUUGCGAGUCUUGGGAUUGUCAUGUACUUCCCGGUAGUUGAAGAAAGGAAUGAAUCUUCUUAGAGCCAGCAGCCAGCUACCUCAGCAGGGAGAAGGUGUGUCUGGAGGACUUGUACAUUGAUGAGUACCCUUCGCAAUUGCAUAGUGCCUCCUCAUCCCACAAAAAGAAACUUUUCCCAGUGUUUUCAAAGGAAUUAUUUCAUUCCCCUAUAAGUCAUGUGGGAGUGGGAGCAAAUAGAGAUCCGGUGAGCCAAGGCAUUGGAUAACCAGCCUAUAAUCACGCCGGUCACAGCAGAGGGGGCUGGGCUUGAUCUGCUUCCAGAUGAGUGCUCGUAGCCACCGAAUGCAUCCACUCGCGCAUUUACCUGGAAGGAAACACAGACUAACCAAAAUGGACACAUCUUGCAGGCUGAACUACCUCUUUUUUUCAUAGGGGGGUGUCUCUGGCAAGGUUACCAGCAACAUGAUUUUGCACUGGUAUUAUAACUGCACAAGUGAUGAAGAAAAUAUUAUAAAACUAAAUCAAGCCCGCUACCCAAAUAGGGAGGGCUCCAUUGACUGAAAAAGGGUUCUUUCAAAGUUUGGGUUAUUAUGAAUUACAGUGUAAAACAUUAUGGCAGAAAAAUAUCUGAAAGCAAUAUUCUCUGCUCUGAAUGCUGCUGAAAACAGUUUCUCUUAUUUUAAUGCUGACCUAGGAAUGCAUUUUGCUCCUCAAAAAAUUCAGCAGAUUAGCCACAACUGCUACACGUACUCUUUGAGUAAUUCUCCCCCAGAUGUGAUUAGGUAAUGUCUUGGAGUGUGCCCAGUAGCAGCCCACAUAGGAAACCAGCUAGCCAGCAAAGAAUCACUUCAAGCCAAGUGCCUAGUACCAUUGCAGUGAGGCAGCCCCAAUAAUAUUUGCCUUAGGAAGCCCCUCCUUUCCAGAGGCAGGCUUCAGCUUUGAAAUCCAUUCCCUUGAAUAUAGAGUUACAGCUUGAGGAUUAUUUUUAAAGGCACUCCAAUGUAUAUUGGGUUUCUUUUGUCGUAUAUUUACAUACGUGAAAAUGUACUUAGGACAAAAGACCUGAGGAUCAGAUUGACCCAUCUCAUCGUGUGUGUGAAUUGUAGCACACUUAAGAGGAGUUGGCUUAACUCAAAACAAUGACCAGGUAUCUGGUACUCAAUAGGUGUUUUAACUUCUUGGUUGUAAUGACCCCAAACAACCUCUUUAAAAAUGAGCAUUGAGGAGUUCAAAAAGGGCGAGCACUUGAAGGCCUGUUCUCUAGGCUC